UGCUGCAGAUCGACACUCUACAUUGACGGCAGAUCAGGGUCAGGUUGGAGGAUGAGAAGGACUCUACUGUGGCUGACGGCCUCUCUGGCCUUUGUCUCUCUAACUUCUCUGGCUGAUGGAGCUCCAUUGCAGGUGAUGACUGCCCCCAACUUAAUGCGGGUAGGAACAGCAGAAAAGAUCUUUGUGGAGUGUCAAGACUGCACUGGAGGAGACAUCAGGGUCGAAAUCAACGUGAUGAACCAUCCAACUAAAAACAAAAAGCUAGCAUCCACAGCUGUGACACUUAAUGGUGCAAAUGACUUCCAGGCGCUCGGACGAAUAACGAUCCCUGUUGGAGACUUCAGUAAAGAUCCCAACAUGAAACAGUAUGUGUACCUGCAAGCUCAGUUCCCUGACCGACUGCUGGAGAAAGUCGUCUUGGUGUCCUUCCAAUCCGGCUACAUCUUCAUCCAGACCGAUAAGACCCUCUACACCCCUGACAGCAAAGUUUAUUACAGGAUGUUUGCAGUGACGCCCAGCAUGGAGCCUGUAGAGAGGGAUGACACAACCCAAACUGAUGCUUCUAUUGCCAUUGAGAUUGAGACCCCUGAAGGCAUCAUUUUACCACUCGAUCCAGUCUCUCUGAUAUCAGGGAUGCACUCUGGGGAUUACCAACUUUCUGAUAUUGUCAGUCCUGGACUGUGGAAGGUGGUGACAAAGUUCCACAGCAACCCACAGCAGAGCUAUUUUGCAGAGUUUGAGGUCAAAGAAUACGUGCUGCCCAGUUUUGAGGUCAAACUGACACCUGACAGCCCCUUCUUCUACGUGGACAGUCAGGAGCUCCGUGUCAACAUCAAAGCGACAUACCUAUUUGGUGAAGAGGUGGAUGGGACGGCUUAUGUGGUGUUUGGAGUUAUGCAAGAUGGUCAAAAGAAAAGCUUCCCAUCUUCUCUUCAGAGAGUGCCGGUUGGCAGAGGUAGUGGAGCGGUCACACUGAAGAGAGAGCACAUCACACAGACCUUCCCAAACAUCCUCGACCUGGUCGGGAAAUCCAUAUUUGUAGCUGUCAGUGUGCUGACGGAGAGCGGUAGUGAAAUGGUGGAGGCAGAGUUGAGAAGUAUCCAGAUCGUCACAUCACCGUACACCAUUCACUUCACGAAAACACCCAAAUACUUCAAACCAGGAAUGUCCUUCGAUGUUGCGGUUGAAGUUGUGAAUCCUGAUGAGACUCCAGCACAAGGUGUUGCAGUGGUGGUCGAUCCAGGCAACGUGCAGGGCUUCACCGCAGCCAAUGGCAUGGCAAGGCUCACCAUCAAUACAGUCGCAGGGAACGCAAGACUGACAAUCAGCGCAAGGACCAAUGAUCCUCGUAUUUCAGCUGAAAGACAAGCAAGAGCCAGCAUGACAGCUGUCCCAUAUACCACCAAAAGCAACAACUACAUCCACAUAGGUGUGGAUACAGCAGAGCUGCAAUUAGGAGACAAUCUGAAAAUCAACCUGAACCUCAACAGACAGGAAAAUCACAAUAGUGACAUCACAUACCUGAUCCUGAGCAGAGGUCAGCUGGUGAAAAACGGCCGUUACAAGACAAGGGGCUCUAGUUUCGCAGAAAGGUCGAGGCGGAUUUUGCAAGUUUGGCACACCAUAAGGCGUGGAGUGGAGUGGGAUGUGAAGGACUCCUGCAUGGGCUCGCUGACACUGGAGUCAUCGAGACCUGCUCCAUCCUAUGAGCCUCGCAGGAUGUUUGGUCUGAAGGUCACUGGAGACCCAGGGUCCACAGUAGGACUGGUGGCAGUCGACAAAGGAGUCUAUGUGCUGAACAACAAGCAUCGUCUCACCCAGAAAAAGGUGUGGGAUAUUGUGGAGAAGUAUGACACAGGCUGCACACCUGGUGGAGGGAAGGACGGUAUGGGUGUGUUUUUUGAUGCUGGGCUUUUGUUUGAGUCCAGCACGGCUUCUGGGACUGCCUAUAGACAAGAAAUGAAAUGUGCGGCCCCCAGCAGGAAGAAACGAACCACUAUAAUGGAUGUCUCAACCAGCUUAGUGAGUCAGUAUAAAGAGAAACUGGAACGUGAGUGUUGUUUGGAUGGCAUGCAGAAAUCUUUUCUCUCAUACACAUGUGAGAGACGCUCAGAGUACAUCAAUGAUGGUGCAGCCUGUGUCGCAGCCUUCCUGCACUGCUGUAAGGAGAUGGAAAGCCAGCGAGCUGAGAUGAAGGAGGAUAACCUGCGACUGGCUCGAAGUGAGGAGGAGGACAACAGUUACAUGGACAGCAAUGAAAUUGGUUCACGCACCAAGUUCCCUGAAAGCUGGCUGUGGUCUGAUAUCAAAUUGCCUACUUGCCCUCGACAGUCACCCAACUGUGACACCACAUCAUUUACGAAAAACGUUCCUUUGCAAGACUCAAUCACAACCUGGCAGUUCACUGGCAUCAGUCUGUCACCGACUAAUGGAAUCUGUGUCGGCCAGCCGUUAGAAGUAAUUGUCCGCAAGGAAUUCUUCAUCGAUCUCAGGCUGCCGUACUCUGCCGUCCGUGGAGAGCAGCUCGAAGUGAAGGCAAUCCUCCACAACUACAGCCCAGAUCCUAUCACCGUGCGUGUGGAUCUGAUUGAGAAGGAGCACGUGUGCAGUUCAGCUUCUAAACGUGGAAAGUAUCGUCAGGAAGUCAACGUUGGGCCCCUGACUACCAGAUCUGUACCCUUCAUCAUUAUUCCCAUGAAAGAUGGACACUACCCCGUUGAGGUCAAAGCAGCUGUUAAAGAUUCGUCCCUCAAUGACGGAAUCAUGAAGAUGCUACGGGUGGUGCCUGAAGGCGUACUGAUUAAACAUCCUCAGAUUGUAACUCUAGAUCCCACUAAUAAAGGAGUUGGUGGUAAACAAGAAGAAACUCUCAACAGUGUAAUUUCUUAGAAAGAUUUGGCUCCAAACACACCUACCAGCACACAGAUUUCUGUUACAGGAAGAGAACAAGUGGCUGCACUGGUGGAGAACUCCAUUAGUGGGAAAUCUAUGGGUAGUCUGAUCUAUCAGCCCUCAGGCUGUGGAGAGCAGAACAUGAUCCACAUGACCCUGCUGGUCAUUGCAUCCACAUAUUUGGACAAAACCAACCAGUGGGAGGCUGUGGGCUUUCAGAAACGUGCUGAAGCCCUCCAACACAUUCAGACCGGUAAGCUCACACACAAUCACACACACAGACACUUAUUAGCACAGGUACCAGAAUGCUCCAUGAUGACAGCAUAUGUUGCCAAGGUGUUUGCCAUGGCCAACAAUCUGGUGGCGGUGCAAAAGGAACACAUCUGUGAAGCCAUCAAGUUUCUGAAGACUAGGGGUCGUAACACCCAGCAACCUGAUGGCUUGUUUAGAGAAGCUGGAAAGGUUUCUCACGGAGAGAUGAUUGGAGAUGUGCGCGGUGCAAAUUCAGAUGCCUCCAUGACGGCCUUCUGCCUCAUUGCCAUGCAGGAGUCACGCACACUAUGUGCAGCCACUGUUAAUAGUCUUCUAGGCAGUAUUGACAAAGCAGUGGCCUACCUGGAGAAGCGUUUGCCCAGCCUCACCAACCCAUAUGCCGUUACCAUGUCGUCAUAUGCCCUGGCCAAUGAAAACAAACUGGACCGCGAAAUCCUUAACAAGUUUGCUGCCCCAGAAUUAUCCCACUGGCUGACACCUAAGGGACGCAUUUACACACUGGAGGCCACAGCUUACGCUCUUCUCGCUCUCGCCAAGGCCAAGGCAUUUGAAGACGCCAGACCUAUUGUGAGAUGGUUCAACAAACAGCAGAAGGUGGGCGGAGGCUACGGAUCAACUCAGGCUAUUAUAAUUGUGUACCUGGCUUUAGCAGAGUACUGGGCCAGUGCUAAAGAACCAGAGUAUGACCUGAAUGUGGACAUCUUGUUGCCGGGCAGGUCAAAGCCAGAAAAGUUCAACUUCAACAGGCUCAACCAAUACGCCACAAGAACAUCUAAACUCAAUGAUAUAAACCAGGAUGUGAAAGUGACUGCCACGGGUUCAGGAGAAGCAACGGUGAAAAUGGUGUCGCUGUAUUAUGCUCUACCUAAAGAAAAUGAGAGUGACUGUGAGAAGUUUAACGUGUCAGUGCAGCUUAUCCCAGAGAAAAUUGAAGAGGAGGAGAAGAUGAGAAUAGAGGUUUUGUAUAAGGACAGGGAGAGCGAUGCAUCCAUGUCAAUCUUGGAUAUUGGGUUGCUUACUGGCUUCACUCCCAACACAAAUGACCUGGACUUGUUGGCUAAAGGACGUGCCCGCACCAUUGCAAAAUAUGAGAUGAACACAGUCCUGUCAGAAAGAGGCUCACUCAUCAUCUACCUGGACAAGGUUUCUCACACGAGACCCGAGGAGAUCAGUUUUAGGAUCCAUCAGAAGCUGAAAGUGGGAGUCUUACAACCAGCUGCCGUGUCUGUCUAUGAAUACUAUGACCAAAGACAUUGUGUGAAAUUCUACCAUCCAGAGAGGAAAGCUGGACAGCUACUGCGGCUCUGUAGAAAUGAGGAAUGCACAUGUGCAGAAGAGAACUGCAGUAUGCAGAAGAAAGACAAUAUCAACAAUGAUCAGCGGACAGCUAAGGUCUGCGAGAGCACACAAACCAGCAAAAUUGAUUUUGUGUACAAAGUGAGACUGGAUGAGUUUGCAGAUGGUUUGUCCACUGACAUUUACACAGUGCGGAUACUGGAAGUCAUCAAGGAAGGAAGUUUGGAUGUGGGUCCUCUGAAUAAACUGCGCACAUUCCUGAGUUAUCCGCACUGCAGAGAGUCUUUGGAUUUGGCGACAGGCAAAACCUACCUUAUCAUGGGCACUUCCAAAGAUAUUCACAGAGAUGAACAAGAGCAAACCUAUCAGUAUGUACUCGGAGAGAGAACCUGGAUCGAGUACUGGCCCACAGAAGCAGAGUGUCAAUCUGACGAACACAGACCGACCUGUUUGGGCAUGGAGGAGAUGGUCCAGCAGUACCAACUCUUCGGAUGUCAGCAGUAGUGAAGCACAAGGAAACAAAACGUUCUUUUCAAAUUGUGUUUGUGUUGCAUUUUUCUUAUUAUGUAAAACUUUCAUUGCUAUGGAGGUCUUAUAAUUUGCACUGUACUGAUUAAAAUAUGAUGGUCCCAA